AAGCUUUUGUUGUUCCAAGAUAGAUUUGCCUUCAAAGGCUUGGGAACUGUUUCUUGAACUUGCUGUUCCUCUUUACGAUCUCUAGGAUAUUUCUCCCAGGGUCUCAGUUGGAUCAGGAAACCCAACAACAGCCUUUCCAGUGUUGUCAAAAUGUCGGCUCUAUUCAAUUUUCAGUCUCUCCUUCUCGUCAUUCUGCUCAUCAUCUGUACGAGCACCUAUGCCCACCACAUCAUGCCUGGAAUCAUGGACCGGAAUCAAAAUGGAUUUUUUGGGAUAUUCUGGAAAUGCGCUCGAGUUGGAGAACGACUAAGUCCAUACGUUAGCAUUUGCUGCGUCUUGAUGGCUGCGUCGAUUUUCUUUGGUGGCUAA